UAGAGGAGAAUGGCUGCCGCUAACAUCUCUUCUGUGACGGAGUUUAUCCUCGCAGGCUUAACCGACCAGCUGAGUCUCCAGCUCCCCCUCUUCUUCCUGUUUCUAGGUUUCUACGUGCUCACCAUGGUGGGGAACCUGGGCUUGAUCACCCUGAUUGGACUGAACUCUCACCUUCAUAUCCCCAUGUACUUUUUCCUCUUGAACCUGUCCUUCAUAGAUUUCAGUUACUCGACUGCCAUCAUCCCCAAAAUGCUGAUGAGCUUUGUCUUAAAGAAGAACAGCAUCUCCUAUGCAGGGUGUAUGACUCAGCUCUUCUUCUUUUGUUUUUUUGUUUUUUCUGAGUCCUUCAUCCUGUCAGCGAUGACGUAUGACCGCUAUGUUGCCAUCUGUAAACCACUGAUGUACACAGUCACCAUGUCCCCUCAAGUGUGUUUGUACCUUUGGUUGGGUGUCUACGGCAUGGGAGUUUUUGGGGCUUUUGCCCAUACAGGAAAUAUGUUGAUUCUGACCUUUUGUGCUGACAACCUUAUCAAUCACUAUAUGUGUGACAUCCUUCCCCUUCUUGAACUCUCCUGCAACAGCUCUUACAUAAAUAUACUAGUGGUCUUUAUUGUUGUGACUAUUGGCAUUGGGGUGCCCAUUGUUGCCAUCUUUAUCUCUUAUGGUUUCAUUAUCUGCAGCAUUUUCCGUAUCAGCUCCAAUGAAGGAAGGUCCAAAGCCUUUAGUACUUGCAGUUCCCAUAUAAUUGCAGUUUCUCUUUUCUUUGGGUCAGGAGCUUUCAUGUACCUCAAACCUCCUUCUAUUUUACCCCUUGACCAGGGUAAAGUGUCUUCCCUGUUCUAUACCAUUGUGGUACCCAUGUUCAACCCAUUAAUCUAUAGCCUGAGGAAUAAGGAUGUCAAAUUUGCUUUGAAGAAAACCUUGGGCAGAAUAUCCAUCUCUUGA